GGGGGGGGAGGGUCACAUGACUCACUGCUCCAAAGGUAACAGGAAGUUGUGGUGAUUAAGGUAACCUUUGCAAUCAUGAGCUCCCCGGAGGCAAGGGAAUAGGAGCCGGCCAGGGAUCCAGGAGGGACGAAAAUCAAGGUCUCCUCCUCCUCGGAGGUCCUUCCCAGGGGCCCGUGACGCUCUGGCUGCCAGCCCCACCCCACCCCACCCCGAAGCAUGUAUAGCACCAAGAAGCCCUACAACAGCCCGCCCACCGGCUAUGGGCCCCCCGGAGAGGACUACGGUUACGACAUCCACUCCCCUCCGCCGGGCUCCUACUACAUCGAGGACGUCCCGCAGCACUUCUACAAGUGGAACUCUCCCCCCGGGGUCGUGAGGAUCCUGGAAGGCAUGGGGGUCCUCCUGUGUGUCACCAUCUUUGCCUGCGUGGCCUCCACCCUGGCCUGGGAGUACGGCUACGGCUACGGCUACGGGGGCUCGAUGGGCGGCUACUACGGCGGAGGCAUGGGAGUCUACGGCGGGAGCACCUACGGAGGGAUGGGCAUGGGGAUGGGGUACUACGGAGGCAUGGCCAACCCGCGCUCGGCCAACGGCUUCAUGCUCGCCAUGUCGAUCCUCUGCUUCAUUGCCCUGCUGGCGCUCGCCAUCACCAGCCUCACCAAGUCCGGCGGCUCUCGCUCCCGGAGGUUCUACCUGGUGGUGCUGGUUCUGUGCGCCAUCCUGGCGUUCGUCAUGCUGAUUGCCUCCAUCGUCUACGUCGUGGGCGUCAACCCGCGGUCUCAGAUGUCCAGCAACUACUACGUCAACCCCAUGCUGGCCAUGUGCAACUCGGUCUACACCACGGGGGUCUACGCCAACCAAUACCUCUACCACUACUGCAUGGUGGACCCUCAGGAGGCGAUCGCCAUCGUCUGUGGCUUCCUCCUCGUGAUCCUGCUCUGUGUCAUCUGCUUCUUCGCCCACAAGACGCGCCAGAAGAUCUGGCAGUAUGGGAAGCCCAACGUCUACUGGGACAAGCCCUUGGCGUUCCAGGAAGGACCCAACGUGGAGGAAUGGGUGAAGAAUGUCACCGAUGGGACCAGCACCCAUGAUGAGACAGCAACCCUGAACUACUCCGAAAAGCCAAUGAGCCCCACACAUGCUCCAGCCAGCCCCUACAACUACAAGGUCUCCGGGAAUGGCUACUACCCAGGUGAAAGCCAGAGCAGCCCGCCUUCCUACACGCAGACCGCCAACCCCGCCUGGACUUUCAGCUCCAGCACGCUGGAAGGGAACGCACAGGAGAGCACCAGCAAGCCCUCCGGCCGCAAAGGGCGUAGGCGGAGGAGGAACCCCGAACUCGAGGAAUCGCAGUACGAGACCGACUACACUACGGCCGUGGAGUCCGGAGACGAGCGGGACCAGGGCGACUGGAAGAGCCUGUAUCCGCCAAUCAUAUCGGACAGCGUCCGCCAGGACUACAAGCAAGAGUUUGACGCCGACCUCAAACGGUACAAGGUGCUGUGCGCCGAGAUGGACGCCAUCAAUGACCAGAUUAACCAGUUGAGCAAACAGCUGGACCAUUUGCCCGAAGACAGCCUGCAGUACCAGGGGGUGGCUGAAGAAUACAACCGGCUGAAGGACCUGAAGCGCACUCCCGACUACCAGAGCAAGAAAAUGGACAGCAAGUCUCUGCGGAACAAGCUCUUCCACAUCAAACGGAUGGUCAGCGACUACGACAAGAGUCGGGCGUAACUUGGACAGGGGAACAAAGCAGGCAGCUGCAGGGGGAGAGCCAACGCUCCCGUUUUCUGCAGAAUUUGACCCCCAAAACAAGACAAGCAGGGAUGCUUUCUUUCAAGCUGUACAUAUGUCAAGAUGAGCUCUUUUGCCCAUUCCCGUGCCAAUUUUGCAAAACCAUUUUUAAAAAACAACUCCAUUUUCUUGGGACCCUGGAACUCUGAACAUGCAUAGAAAAAAGAAGCCAGGAAAGAGAAGAGACAGAACUUACAAAUCCUCAUUUAGACAGAGCGCUUUCUUAUUUUGGGUGCCAAACAGAUUUUUUAAAAACCGUGGGUUGUACCCAGCUAAGCCCAAGGAACAUCGGGCGCUGCCUGGGGAUGCCAGGAAUUGAACCCGGACCCUUUGCAUGCAAAGUGGGUGCUCUGUAACGUUAAGAGGUAGCCCUUCCUAUAAAAGCAAGCGAGUUUCUCGUGGGAGCUACCUUAUCGUGAGCCAAGCCACUGCAGCCCAUCUAGUUUAGUGUAGCCUACACUGACUGGCAGCAGCGAUGCUGCAGCGUCUCAGGCAGGGGUCUUACUCCAGGCCUGCUGGGAAACGUUUUGCAUGAAAAGCACGUGCUCUGACUUUGAGCCACAACCCUUUCCCAUCGCCCAUGUAUUCAGAGUAGACCCACUGAAAUCAAUGGUCCUACAUCGGCCAUGCCCAUCCCUUUUGCGAAGGAGUCAUAGCUGGAUGGAACCCUGAACCUGUGCUCUUUAAAAAGCACUGUACAAAAUUACUUCAAACAAGGGUUGCGUAGCCAUUGAGGCAUUGCUUGCGCAGAACGCAGCCCAGGGGUGAAGAUGGAGGCUCACCAAUCUCCCGUGCCUGGAUUAUCAAUCGGUAAGAGCAUGAGUUCAUGGGUUCGAGCCCUAUAUUGGGCAAAAGAUCCUUACAUUGCUGGGGGUUGGACUAGAUGACCCUAGGGGUCCCUUCCAGCUGAACAACCCAUGAUUAGGUGAAUCUUGAAUCAGCUCCCACCCACCCCAAACGAUAGGAGUUAAACAGCAGCCAAGAAUAAUUCUGAAACCUUUUGCCAGCAUUUCUGCCGGGUUUUCAUAGAACUUGUUUUCCCUUCCCAAGUGAAGGCGGUGUACUGAGAAACCCAUCACCGGUCUUCCUUAGGAAAUUCCUAAUGUUCCCAACAUCU